AUGCGUCUCGUCGAAAUUGGUGCUCUGCCGGAUGACUCGGAUCUCUCGCUUUGGGAAGCCAGUUGUGAGACUAUCACUCAUCAAAUCUCACUGAAAUUGGCUCGAAAAGAAGGCGGACUCAUGGAUAUAUUCAAUGCCGUCGUCGCCUCGCUUCCCAGAAAAUCCGACGUCUUCCGAUAUUCGGCGAUUCUAUCGAAACAGAAUUUGGAGAAGGCUCAUCAGAAAUUAAUCGAGAAGAUCACAGAAAUAAUACCGAUUUUGGUAGAAAGUGGAUGGAAGAAGAGUCCCGACUAUCAGAAGAAUAGUCUUAUCGAUUGUUUUUCGCUUCUAGAAGAGUCUGAAGCCGUCAGGAUAUUCCAGAAGGCACAGGAGAGUCGGACGAUUACAGAAGAUGACGUGGAUGAAUAUUUCGUGUUGUUUGAUAAGAAAUUCGAUCGUCUCCUAAGACGUCUUGAAGUGGAGAUGGUAGAACGUCUUCGUCGAUCGGCAUAUCUCGAGAAUCUCGGAGCACUUUCUCGUCGGAAAUCAUUCAUCUCACUCUCCACUCUUCUCUCUAAAGAGAAUCUCGUUCCGAUGGCUACAUCGAAAAAGUAUUCGGCGUUGAAUUCGCUGAAAAUCAGUGAAGCUGAUAAGGUGGCGAUUCGACCGACGUAUGAUAAAUAUCGAUAUGAGACACCGAAUAGUGAUGAAGAAGGGAAUGGAAGAGGGGUGUAUGAUGAUGAAUACGAUGAUGAAUUCGAUGGAAGAGAAUUCAAAAUGGAGAGGUUGAAUAGAGGAGUGUCAUCUGGAGGACACCGUGGUGGUCGUGGUGAAACGACAACUUCUGGAGCUUCGAAGUCAUCUGAAAGAUACACCGGUGGACGUGACCGCUAG